AUGUCUCAAAUCAAGGAACAAGAAAAACUAUAUGAAGUGGAGAUAGGCAACCUUCCAGGAAAAGAAUUCAGAAUAAUGAUAGUUGAAGAUGAUCCAGGAUAUCAGGAAAACACUGACGAAGAUUCAAGAAAUGUUUACCAAAGACACACAAGAACCAAAGGACAAACAGAGAUGAAUAAUACACUGGAAGGAAUCAAUAGCAGGAUAACUGAGAUAGAAACAUGGGUAAAUGACCUGGAGGACAGAAUGGUGGAAAUCACAGCUGCAAAACAAAGAAAUGAAGACAGCCUAAGAGACCUCUGGGGCAACAUUAAACACACCAACAUUUGCAUCACAGGGGUCCAAUAA